AGGGAGGCCCUCCUGGCCGGGGAACGAGGCCUGAUGGUGAAAGGACCGCGAGCGGGAGCUUUAAACCCCCCAGCCGCGGCAUCCAGCUGGCUGAGCCGCUGAGCGACUGAGCGCAUGCGCGCAGCUCGCGGGCCCCGCCUCAGAGGGUCUUCCCCGCAUGCGCGGGAGCGCGGGGCCCCGUCAAGUUGAUUGAAAGCGGGUGGUGCUGUGGCAAUGGCGGCGCUCGGAAUUGCGACCGGUGGUGGCAGUUGGUUUUCGGCUCUGGCGCUCGGGGUGACUCUCCUUAAAUGCCUUCUCAUCCCCACCUACCAUUCCACAGAUUUUGAAGUACACCGAAACUGGCUUGCUAUCACCCACAGUUUGCCAAUAUCAGAGUGGUAUUAUGAGACAACUUCAGAGUGGACCUUGGAUUACCCCCCCUUUUUCGCAUGGUUUGAGUAUGCCCUGUCACAUGUUGCCAAAUAUUUUGAUCAGGAGAUGCUGAAUGUCAGUAAUCUGAAUUACUCCAGCUCAAGGACCUUACUCUUCCAGAGAUUUUCUGUCAUCUUCACAGAUGCACUCUUUGUGUAUGCUGUCCACGAGUGCUGUAAAUGCAUUGAUGGGAAAAAAACAAGCAAAGAACUUACAGAGAAGCCAAAGUUUAUUCUAUCAGUAUUACUGCUGUGGAACUUUGGGUUGUUAAUUGUAGACCAUAUUCAUUUCCAGUACAAUGGUUUUUUAUCAGGAUUAAUGCUACUCUCCAUUGCACGAUUAUUUCAGAAAAGGCAUAUAGAAGGAGCGUUUCUCUUUGCUGUUCUCCUACAUUUCAAGCACAUUUACCUCUAUAUAGCACCAGCGUACGGUGUAUAUUUGCUACGAUCUUACUGUUUCACUGCAAACAAACCAGAUGGGUCCAUCCGAUGGAACAGCUUCAGCUUUGUCCGUCUUAUUUCCCUGGGACUAAUUGUUUUCCUAGUUUCUGCUCUUUCAUUGGGUCCUUUUCUAGCCUUGAACCAACUGCCUCAAGUCUUUUCCCGACUCUUCCCUUUCAAGAGGGGCCUCUGCCACGCAUAUUGGGCUCCAAACUUCUGGGCUUUGUACAGCGCUUUGGACAAAGUUCUGUCUGUCAUCGGUUUAGAACUGAAGCUUCUUGACCCCAAGAAGAUUCCCAAGGCUUCAAUGACAAGUGGUUUAGUUCAGCAGUUCCAACACACAGUCCUUCCAUCAGUGACGCCCUUGGCCACCCUCAUCUGCACUCUGAUUGCCAUAUUGCCUAUUUUCUGUCUUUGGUUUAAACCUCAAGGGCCCAAAGGCUUUCUCCGAUGUCUAAUUCUUUGUGCCUUGAGCUCCUUCAUGUUUGGGUGGCAUGUCCAUGAAAAAGCCAUACUCGUCGCAAUUCUCCCAAUGAGCCUCUUAGCUGUGGGAAAAGCAGGAGAUGCUUCGAUUUUUCUGAUUCUGACCACAACAGGGCAUUAUUCCCUCUUCCCUCUGCUCUUCACUGCACCAGAACUUCCCAUUAAAAUCUUACUCAUGUUACUGUUUACCAUCUAUAGUAUUUCCUCACUGAAGACUCUAUUCAGAAAAGAAAAACCUCUUUUUAAUUGGAUGGAAACUUUCUACCUCCUUGGCCUGGGGCCUCUGGAAGUCUUCUGUGAAUUUGUAUUCCCUUUCACCUCCUGGAAGCUGAAGUACCCCUUUAUCCCUUUGUUACUGACCUCAGUGUAUUGUGCUGUGGGCAUCGCAUAUGCUUGGUUCAAACUGUAUGUUUCAGUAUUGACUGACCCUCCUUUCGGCAAGACAAAGAAGCAAUGAAUAAAGGAACUGCUUGGAUGUAUUCCAAGCAAUUAUUUCAUGGGAAAUUAAUCAGAACUUGAGGAAAGUUGCUGGUGGCAUGAACCAUUCAUUUCAGUAAAUCUGUUUAAGGACCAUUCUUCUAAACUUGGCCUUGCCCAGCCUAGCAACCUGAUUGUCACCAUGGUGAGAAGCCACUUGUCCUCCAUAAGCAGUGAAACACAUCUGAAACAAAUCUCGCUUUCCCCUAUUAAAAUUGUCUGAGAUCAUUGAAACUGCGGUGCUUGCUCUAGGCAAGGAGGGAGUCUGAUCAACAACAUGAUUAUCUGUAGCCUGUGAUGACCAUUGUCAGGGUAUAAAGCAUAAUUAGAAUCAUGUGCUAAGGGAAAUAGAAAUAAAAUACCAUUUUGUAUUUCUGUACAAAA